GAGGAGAAGCUGUUAGUCAGUCGGCGCAGUCGCUCGCCGCGUUUUAUGCAACCAGUCUUGCUUCGGAGCGAGUGAAUCUACUUCACCAGCCUUUGACAGACGGGGGAAAGCGUGUGCAGUGGCAUUGGUGUCCGUCUGGCCGCUCUUGCUGGUCGGUCCUUGUCAAUCGUACGAUUCUGACUGUCUCGACGGGGCAACCGAUUCGGCCCGAUUCGGUUUUCUUCGUGCCUGAGACAUAGUACGAUUGUGUAAACGACCGUACUACGUAUAGCGUAUUCUCGUCAGUUGCGUGCGCUGACUUUGCCUUGCCGGCGAGAGCAAGCCAGGUUCCCGAAAGGCGGUGUCGAUUUUCUGUGUGUACGACACCAUUGCCAUCGCAUAUCAAGUUUUUACAUACGGUCCCGUAGCUCGGUAGUACGGUUGCGAGCUCGUGUCUACCGAUCGAGUGCCAGUGCGACGUCAGUCGGGCGUGCUACACGGGUGUAUUAUCCACGACUGUGUUGUACCUAAAGAAGUGUGUAUGUGCGUAACGUGUGCGUAGAGGAAAACAAAUUUGUCGCUGCUGGGGGAAGAGAAAGAUAGACGGGCGCGGCGGGGUGGGAGAACCGAGGCGGCCGUGAAUCCACCGAUACGUGGCUGCGUUCACGCCGCCGCAUAUCCUACACGGCACGGAGGCACGAAACACACAACGACGUCAGCCCAGACCACGGGAGGAGAGAGGCGCGUAUCAGCACGCCUUCCAAAUUAUUGCGAAUUCUCGUAGCUUCAACGCGCCUUUUGGCGCGUACACCAUCCUCGUUCGGUCGACUUCCUCGACCACCUCGUCGCCACUAUGGCGGACGACGAGGUUCUCUUUGACGAGGUUUACGAGCUCUGCGAGAUUAUCGGCAAGGGACCAUUCAGUGUUGUUCGGAAAUGCAUUCAUCGGCAGACGGGGCAGACGUUCGCCGUAAAAAUAGUCGACGUUGCAAAGUUCACCUCCAGUCCUGGUCUAAGUACAAACGAUUUGAAGCGCGAGGCCACAAUAUGCCACAUGUUGAAACAUCCCCACAUUGUAGAGUUGCUCGAGACCUACAGUUCGGAGGGUAUGCUGUACAUGGUAUUCGAAUAUAUGGAUGGCUCUGAUUUAUGCUUCGAGGUUGUCCGAAGAGCGACUGCUGGAUUCGUGUACAGUGAGGCGGUUGCCAGCCAUUACAUGCGACAGAUCCUGGAGGCGUUGCGCUACUGCCACGAGAACGACAUAAUUCAUCGUGAUCUAAAGCCGCAAUGCGCCCUCCUGGCGGGCAAGGAAAAUUCCGCACCGGUGAAGCUACGCGGCUUCAGCGUCGCCGUGCAACUUCAGUCGUCGCAGGCAAACGGCGUCGGACCGACGUCCACGGGCUGCAAUUUCCCUUUCGAGGACCUGACCGACGCCGAGGAUUCGCUAGUGAGCGACACGGAAGACAAUAUCGGUCGCGUGGGAUGUCCACACUUCAUGGCACCGGAAGUGAUCCAGCGCAGACAGUACGGGAAGCCUGGUGACGUCUGGGCAGCGGGUGUUAUGCUUCAUAUACUGCUCACUGGCACGCUACCUUUCGUGGGUUCCCGAGAUCGGCUGCGGGAAGCCAUUUGCAGAGGACGAGUGCAGAUGGAAACGCCACUGUGGGAUUGCAUUAGCGAACCAGCAAAGGAUCUCAUACAGAGGAUGCUCACGACAGACGUAAAUCACAGGAUCACCAUACAAGAAGUCCUCAACCAUAAAUGGCUUAGAGAUCGUGACAAGGGCGUGGCGCGAAUACACUUAAGCGAAACUAUAGAGGAGCUCAAGAAAUUCAAUGCCAGACGAAAAUUGAAGGAAGCCGUGAAAGCGUCGGUUUCGUCGCAGAAGUGGCACGUCGGGUAUUCGGAAGUAAAUGGCGACAGUUUUUUGGACUCUGGAGACGAGGAAAUCAUGACCACAGGUGCUGUAGCUGACAUUUUGGACUCUUUGGACGACAUCGAGGUACUUCAAGAGAGUGGAAGACUGACGCGUAGUGAAAUACUGAAUGCGGUUGAUGAUUAUCGCCUUCGAGCGACUUUAGAGCUGUACGAUAGGAUUUCGACCCGGGUUUCAACGCCAUGCCGGGCGCCGCAGACAGACGCAGUUCAACGUGCGCGAGAAGUGGAAGAACUUCUUCGGGAGAUCGAGCAUUCGGCAAUAAGAAACAUUGAUAGGGCCGAUCUUCGGGAGCUCCACGAACUUCUGAUUCAGCCGCACAUGAGGGCGCUCCUGCAAGCGCACGACGUAGCUGGACACGAAGUUUACGGCGAAGAAGCCACUAGGGUAACGCCACCGCCUCUUCUUCCUUAUCUGAACGGUGGUGACGAUCUCGAGGGACAGAAUGGUGAUCUGGACCUCGAAAACGUAACGCGCGUAAGACUUGUCCAGUUCCAGAAAAACACCGAUGAGCCAAUGGGAAUCACUUUAAAAAUGAACGCAGAUGGAAAGUGCGUGGUGGCACGAAUUAUGCACGGUGGCAUGAUACAUAGACAAGCGACUCUUCACGUUGGUGACGAGAUUAGAGAAAUUAACGGGAUAUCAGUGGCCAAUCAAUCUAUCAAUGCCUUGCAAAAAAUACUCCGUGAAGCACGAGGAUCAGUCACCUUCAAAAUCGUGCCAUCUUACAGGAGCGCGCCACCACCCUGUGAGGUACAAUUGUUCAGGAUUAAGCCUCUGCCAGUGUUAAUUUUCGUUCGAGCGCAAUUUGACUAUGAUCCGUUGGAGGACGAGCUGAUACCUUGCGCGCAAGCUGGAAUCGCGUUUAAAACCGGGGACAUCUUGCAGAUCAUUAGCAAGGAUGAUCAUUAUUGGUGGCAGGCGCAGAAGGACAACGCGGCCGGUUCCGCGGGAUUGAUACCUUCGCCUGAGCUUCAGGAAGGCCGUAUCGCUUACAUGGCAGCGGAGAAGAACAAGCAGGAACAAGAUGCUGAAGGAGAAGGAGGAUGUUCUUCUCACACCGAAGGCUGCGACGGUUCGACAGUGAAUUGCUCAAUAUUUGGCCGAAAAAAGAAGCAAUACAAGGAUAAGUAUCUCGCAAAACACAACGCAGUGUUCGACCAGCUGGAUCUGGUCACCUACGAGGAGGUCGUUAAGCUUCCCUAUCCUGCAUUCCAACGGAAAACACUAGUGUUAUUAGGAGCACACGGCGUUGGCCGUCGACACAUAAAGAAUACAAUUAUCGCGAAGCACCCCGACAAAUAUGCCUAUCCUAUUCCACAUACAACGAGGCCUCCGCGGAACGAUGAAGAGAAUGGUCGCAAUUAUUAUUUCGUAUCACACGAUGAAAUGAUGGCUGACAUCGCUGCUAACGAGUACCUCGAAUACGGUACACACGAAGAUGCCAUGUACGGAACAAAGCUCGAAACGAUCCGAAAAAUUCAUGAAGAGGGAAGGGUAGCGAUAUUGGACGUCGAGCCACAAGCGUUGAAAGUGUUACGUACAGCAGAAUUUGCGCCUUAUGUCGUUUUCAUCGCUGCUCCGGUAUUCCAGAAUAUUACCGACUGUGAUGGAAGCCUGGAGAGACUCGCGAAGGAGUCGGACUCGCUGAAACAGGCGUACGGUCACUUUUUCGAUCUGACCAUCGUGAACAACGACAUCGAGGAGACGAUCGCGCAAUUGGAGGCGGCCAUCGAGCGGGUCCACACGACACCGCAGUGGGUGCCCGUAUCCUGGGUCUAUUGACAGCGAACUACGCCAAUUCGUCAAAUCACGAACGUUGACUGCAACGGCUCAUCGUACGGGAAGCAAUGAUCGACGGAUCGCGAUUCACCGAACGACCGAUCCAAGCGCAGUCGUUUCGCUGCGACCACGGUUGCUUUCUCAGCGCGUGCCCGCUCGAACUCGCGGUGCUCGCAGGGGAUCACAGUCGUAGCCGAUACGGGACAGACAGGCACGUACAUACACGUCAGACCAAUCGAACGAACAAACGAAUGACACAACUUGCCGUCGAUCCUUGGACCGAUCAAUAGCAUGUCGUCGACGCGAACGCGUGACUUUGGCCGUGUGUUCAUGGAGGUUUUUAUCAUUGCUACCGCAUCGCUGCUAUGAUUAUUCAUAACCGUUAUCGCUCCUAUCGUCAUCGCGUGGGGAGAACCAAAGAGACAAAGCUGACCGGUGCGAUCCCGAUGCGCAGAACACGACAAUCAAAAGAAAAAAAAAGAAACCAACAGCCACCAGAGAUCAUAACUUUCGAUUUUGAUGCAUUAAGGUAAUCGUUUCUCGAAACGGUGACAAGAAGAAGAUAAAACUGUCGAAGGUGUCGAAAGGUGCAAACCCCAAGAUACGCUUCAACGAAUCAUCAACGAUGAGUUUCGAUGAACCGUUUAACCAACGAUAAUGUCUCUUCGUGAUUGUUACUACACGGUUUUCUCUCUUUUUCUCUUCAUACAUUUCCGCUUUUACUUUCUCGCUGUCUGUCUCUCUCUUCCGCUAUUUUCUUUAGCAUUCUCUCGAGACAUUCCUUCGCGCCACGUUAGCGCGCGCACACCACGAAUUUUGAUCACAGUAUUUCGUCAGCCUGUGCGAUUUACGUACGUAGCGAUGGAAACCUAUUUGGGGGAGUUUACCAAAGAGUAUCGAAACGAAAAACAAAUGAAAAGCACCUGUGAAGAAUCACGAUGUGAAGAGGAUUGAACAAGAAAAAAAAACAAAGGGAACGGUCGUUCGAGCUGUUCGUGAAUGUUGACCGAGUGGGACACACUUGUACCGUUUAUCCGAAAUUGUGUCGAUCGACUAUCCGUUGAAACCUAUUAUUACCUCCUAUCGUACUCUCUUGUAACUAUUUACACGAAAUGAAAAACUAGGGCAGCGCUGUUCGAUAGUCUAAACGCUAUCCCCCAAUCGUAAUAGUCAAUCUGUUUGUUCGAGUUUUUGAAGGAAAAUUGGACUAUCGACGACUAGUCGUUUACUUGUAAUGUUUAAGCAGUAGGAGAAUCUUCGCCGAUUUCGUCUAGUACUUCAAACAUCUGACAGGGAGUUCGACGCGGUUCGGGUGAACCGCGGCGUACCUUCGGUUGCGUGUAUAUCCGCGAGCGCUACUCUUCUUUGAUCGAUAUAUCGUAUCUUUUCACUCCCGUUCAGAGACGUUCGAGUUUCGGUUCACGCCAGUUUUGCAAACUUUCCCGUGGCAGGGUUCAACGGUUCACAGGUCGUGUCUACGACGUCCAGCUAUGAAAUCCUCACAUGUUCCUUUCGUUCACGUGUACCUAGCCUCGACUCGAGCGUGCAUCGAAGCACCGAUCAACGACGCAUGCUUUCUCCAAUUUCAGUGCCAUUCGAGCGAACGUAGGUACGCACGCAAACACACGAACAACACACACACACACAGAGACAGAGGUUAGGUGAACGUCCUAGAAACGGCUUUGAACUUGAACCGACCACUUUCGCGCGAUUACGUUGACACACGACACACAUGUACACACGUCAACCGGUAAUAUCACUCGGUUCGCAUUGCACCCUUGUACAAAGCGCAUGAUUGAAUGACGAAGUAACAAAACGCGGUUUACUAUACGAUAUUUAUAAACACGUAAACUCAAGUAAAUAGAUAGAUAUACCAGCUAUAUGAAAUAAUACGAAACACCGUCUCGCAUUAAAAGAAAAAAAAAGUCUAGAACACGUGCACACCGAGGACACGCUUACACGAUCGCAUAGUACACAGAGACACGCGGUACACUCACAUACGUAUAUACACGUAUACACAGACACGGAUACGUACACGAACAAAAACAACGCGGAUUCACGAGAUACAGGUUUAACGAUUAGGUAAUUAAUUAACAAGCGAUUAAAUAAAUUAAUUGUGUAACUAAUUAAUACUGAAUUACUAGAAGACUAAUAGAGAAAAUUUGCAUAUGCAGCCCAUAGAACGAAGGAGUGAAUGCGUGUACGUACGGGUUUAAUGGUGUGAAUCUCUUGCAGUCGCGAUCAAGCAUUGUGAUCGGCACUCGCGCGGCUUUGUUCAGAACUUGUUCGAUUACGGCUCAACUACUUUGUAAAGAUCUCAAAAUAUACGCACACACUUACACGCAUACGCACGCGCGUGGGACGCGCGUGUAAACACACACGUUUUACUCUGUGCUUCCUACUCGACAUAAAAAUAAAAACAAAACGCAGGUAUUAGUCAUUGUGGGCGCGCGCGUGAUUAUCCUUUAAUUAAAACGCGACAACUUCGACGUAAGGUAUACCAAAACGAAUAGGGGUGAAACGAUGUAUCGCCGCACGUUCGAUACGAUUCGUUUCCGGCAAACACCUGCGAAAUGUCGACAACGUUCCGAACAGGCCAACAUUCACACGAAGACAAGUCUGAAAUCGUUAAGUGACAAGGAUCGUCCGCGUAGAAAUUCGAGGCGAGCUCGAGUACCGGGUAUGAUCGUGUAUGUAUGAGUGUGAAAAACUAUCGAAACGCAAGAAGAACGAAUCUUCGGUGAUUUUGUAAUAUUUCUUAUAAGUUGUAGCUGCCAUAUCCAGUAAAAACUAAGUACUAGGUGCGCUGCGUGAUUUAAUCUGACGACCGAUUGUUACGAUAACGAUUCUCGAUGGUGGUGGUGAUGAUCGUGAUGAUCCUAUGUGCUUCUGCAAGUGUGUGUCCGUGACUUUGAAUGAGUUACGCUAAGAUGUUGAAAGACGACGGGUCUAAAGAAAACAAUAACAGUUCAUUACAAUUAUGUAAUUAUAAAUAAGAGGAAGAGACGAAGAGUAUUAUAACACGUUGUUAAUUGAAUUAAUAAAACUAGCCCAAAGUGUCGAA